CCUGCUCUGCUGUACAGCGUGCACAGUGCAGAAGGAGAGCCAAUCACCGAAACGCACAGGCUCCCUUUAAGCCUGACAUAUCUCCAACAGGAACAAAUUGUCCCAACAAUCAACAUCCCAAUCUGCUGCGCGCAUCAGAGGCUGCAGUGGAGUGGACAGCCUACAGGCCUGUGAGCGCGGACUAUUGCGCUGGAUUGAUUGGAUUGCAACAAUCAAGUAUAAACGUACAACAAAACUAGAGCUAUCGUUUUGGAUACCAGUGUUUUAGGCGGAGGAGCGAGCUCGAACAUCAUGUCUAUAUUACCGUCCUUCGGGUUUACGCAGGAGCAAGUGGCGUGUGUUUGCGAGGUCUUGCAGCAGGGAGGAAACUUGGAGAGGCUCGGCCGCUUCCUGUGGUCUUUACCCGCUUGUGAUCAUCUCCACAAGAAUGAGAGCGUCCUCAAAGCGAAAGCGGUGGUGGCCUUUCACCGGGGGAACUUCAGAGAGCUUUAUAAAAUCCUGGAGAGCCACCAGUUUUCUCCGCACAACCACCCGAAGCUGCAGCAGCUCUGGCUGAAGGCGCACUACGUGAAGCUGCGCGGCCGGCCGCUCGGAGCUGCAGGGAAAUACCGGGUGCGGAGGAAAUUCCCACUGCCCCGCACGAUAUGGGACGGCGAGGAGACAAGUUAUUGCUUUAAAGAGAAGUCCAGGGGAGUCCUGAGAGAGUGGUACACGCAUAACCCAUAUCCGUCCCCGCGGGAAAAGAGAGAGCUGGCCGAGGCCACAGGACUGACCACCACGCAGGUCAGCAACUGGUUCAAAAACAGACGGCAGAGAGACAGAGCUGCGGAGGCGAAGGAGAGAGAGAACAGUGAAAACAACAACGCAGGCGGUAACAAACAGAACCAGCUGUCCCCGCUGGACGGAGGAAAGUCUCUCAUGUCCAGCUCGGAGGACGAGUUUUCGCCACCUCAGAGCCCCGACCAGAACUCUGCGCUUUUGCUCCAGGGCAACAUGAACCACCCCGGGGCCUCUGCUUACCCCAUGUCCGGCCUCGGGGCCCCACAGCCGGUGCACGGCAUGCACGGACACCCGCACCAACUGCAGGACUCCUUGUUGGGACCUCUAACCUCCAGUCUUGUGGAUUUGGGCUCCUAAAGAGGCUGCCACAUCAUUCUAUUUCACAAAAACAAAGACCGGAAAAAAGACUGACAACUGUAUCAAAUUGAGUACAUGUAUAAAAUAACAGUAGCCUACCUUAUAAUAAAGACUGACUUGUCUGUCGUUAAAUUUGGAUUUAGAACAACUUCCUUUAUGCGCUUAACCUGUAUAUCCCACCCCUGACAGGAGGUUUUCUCGUCUCCUGCACUCGAAACCACAAAUAGGACCUUUGUGAAACUUUUAACUCCAGAAACACUUACCUGGACUCUCCAUUUGCUUAAUUUAUGAUAUUUUGUUAAGAAGUAUAGCAAGCUCCUGCGAUGGAAACUAAAAGAUAACAUUUUAUUAGAGU